AAAGGCGCGCGACUUCCAGCUAUUGACAACAUUCUAAGCCAACUCAGCAGCACCUCAACAUGGCCCACAAGCUCAUCCGCUCCCUUCUCCUGAUCGCAGCCAUGGCUGCCGUUUCUGUGGCGGAGCCUGCUAGGUUCCGUGGCCGAUCAUCACGCCUGCAGUUUGCCCGUCAGGAGCAGGCUCCAGAGGAUCAGGCUGCUCCGGCCGACCCCGCCGUGGAUAUUGCACCCACUCCGGCCUCGGCCCCUUAUCCGCCAUCCGGAGUUACACCGGAGGUGCCCUUCGACCUGCCCACGGAAACCGAAGCGCAGCCUGAUCUAACCUACGGACCACCAGCUGAGCCCGAUAACACCUACGGACCUCCGGAUAAUACUUAUGGACCUCCAGCUGAGCCGGACAACACCUAUGGACCUCCAGCUGAUGACUCAGUGGACCAGGCCCCUGCUGCGGAUCUUGUACCCGCCAGCUUGAUCCAGCCUCGUAACGAACGCCUCCGCAGACGUCGUCCGAUCCCGGAGAAGCUUCGAAGUGCUCAGACCAUCCGCUCUGGAUCAGUGCUGGUGUACAGCAUCUGAAAUGGGUCCAUCCCGUGUUGCUAGAAAUUAAUGGUAUCGACACAUUAGGAUACGCAUUUAUUACUUUGUUGCUAAAUAAAUAAUAAAUUGUUGUUGAAUAUUUUCAUUAAAAUAAUCGAAUAAUUGAGUA